AUGAAGUGUUUAAUUGCUCUAGCUUGCUUGGGUAGCUGUGCUCCGGUUAGCUUCUCGGGAGUGGAGCCGGAAUCUUUGGAGGAUUUGACUUACGAAAACUUAGUGAAGUAUAUGAACAUUCGAUCUCCAGUGUAUUCUUGGUACCGACAAGACGACUUGGAGGACAUGUAUGAUGAACCAAAUUUUGGUGUGGUUAUAGGAGAGGAAGCAGACACUGUACUGGUGUUUAGGGAAGAUUUUGUUGUUGGUUCAUUGAAGGGUGACUUUGUCUAUGGUUCAUUUGACAACGUCACCCUGGUGAAGGAUGAUUGGACUGGUCGUGAUGACAGUUUCGAACCUGACACACCAGAAAACGCGACUAGCGAGAUGACGAGGAGGAGACUGCGGCCUAAUCGUCGCGACUGGAAGAUUGGUACAAGAAACAAUGACUCAAGACAUUUAUUAGCUCCAUACACGAACGACGAGACUAUUAUUGAUUUGAUGUGCGCUUUUAAUUCUGAUGUGAUUAAGACUAUCAAAGGAGAGUCUCGGAUGCCGUUGGUAUGUGAGUAUGGCGCGCAAACAACGACGAUUGCGUUGCACACAAGCGGCUUGACGAAUAUGAGGGUGAGAAACGUGGGUUCCUUACAAUUAGAUUGUGAUGCGGACCAAGAGUGUUCGAUGGGUGCAGGAGAUCAGACUCUUCCGAACGUCAAGAGCUUGAUGACGCCGUAUAGGGAAAAAGUGGGUGCGGAUGUGGGCAUCUUCUUCAUCAUGAAUGGUGGUGAUAGAGGACGUUCUUACGUCAACGGAUUCGGAUCGUGUGUUAGUUUUGCUUACGGCCACACGAUACGACACGAGUUAGGCCACAACUUUGGGCUACAGCAUUGCCCCGACCCGGACUUGUACCCAGACCUUAACACGGGUUAUGAGCAGCCACAGACUGGCCUCGGCACCAUCAUGUGCGGCGACCAGCUGCCCGUCUACUCGAAUCCCGAUGUAGACAUGAUGGGGUAUCCUACCGGUGAUAAAGACAAGGCAAACAGCUACAAGAUGCUGAAGGAUAACCUACCCAACGUAGCGAAAUGGAUGGACUCCAAAGUGGUCGAUCCAAGCGAUGCCAACGUUACCAAGGUGGCACAGGGCAAAGUGCGUGUGGCCAACGAUACCUCGUCCUAUUGGAGCGAGACCACAACCUUCUACUCAGAAAAAGUGUGCGACGUUUGGCAAGUACUCACUUUGCAGUACUCUCAAAACCUCAUUUCCUACGUACAAAUCGGAAGACCACCUACCAAGUCUGACUACUUUUUGAAGGCUGAUGACGAUUACCAAAUCACCCAAAAGAAGAACAACAAAACCGGGAAUUUCUACGUGACUGUUACUUCCACUAAUGGCGACUACAUCGGCCAGCAGUGGUCCUGGUACAUCUAUGGCGUGAACUGCACGCGAUUCGACGCGGAUGACGAUGGAACGACUGGAUUCAUUGAUGCAGAAACAGUUAUGAUAACCACCACAGAAGAGGACACAACCUCUGAGGAGUCCACUGACAAGAAGACUACCGCGGCCGAGGAGACUACAGUUACAACAUCUGCUAGGGUGAGUACUGAAGAUACCACUACUGAGAACUCCACGACUACUGAGAACUCCACCACUACUGAGAACUCCACCACUACUGAGAACUCGACCACUACCGAGAAGACUACAGCUGCAACUAGCGAUACCACGGAUACCACUGCUGAGAGGAAUGACUCAUCAACAAAUGCGGAGAUCAGUGAAGAGAAUACUCAGGCAACCGCAAUGGCGACGAGCACGGGCACGGAGGAUACCGAAGGAACGGCAGAUUCCACUGUGGACACUGGCAGCACCACCGAAGCAAAAGAAACGGAAGGCGACGAUGACUCCACGUCCUUCACUGGGACAACGCAAACUGCGUUGGAAACGAAUGUCACGGCCAGUACGGCCGGCGAGGCUGCUGAGGCCAGCGGUACGACCGACGAGGCUGCUGAGACAAGCGGUACCGGUGAAACCAGCUCGACCGGUACGACCGAAGAGGCUGCUGAGACCAGCGGUACGACGGAGGAGGCUGCUGAGACCAGCGGUACUGAUGAAACCACCAUGACCAGUACGACCGAAGAGGCUGCUGAAACCAGCGGUACGACCGAAGAGGCUGCUGAGACAAGCGGUACUGGUGAAACCACAACGGCCACGGAUGGUACGACUGAGGAGGCCGCUGAGACCAGCGGUGCUGAUGAAACCACAACGGCCACGGAUGGUACGACCAAGGAGACUGCUGAGAUCAGCGAUACUGAUGAAACCGCCAUGACCACGGAUGGUACGACCAAGGAGACUGCUGAGACCAGCGAUACUGAUGAAACCACCAUGGCUACGGAUGGUACGACCGACGAGGCUUCUGAGACCAGCGAUACUGAUGAAACCACCAUGGCCACCGAUGGUACGACCGACGAGGCUUCUAAGACCAGCGAUACUGGUGAAACCACCAUGACCACGGAUGGUACGACUGAGGAGGCUGCUGCUGAUGAAACCACCAUGACCACGGAUGGUACGACUGAGGAGACUGCUGAGACCAGCGAUACUGAUGAAACCACCAUGGCCACCGAUGGUACGACCGACGAGGCUUCUGAGACCAGCGAUACUGGUGAAACCACCAUGACCACGGAUGGUACGACCGACGAGGCAGCUGAGACAAGCGGUGCUGAUGAAACCACCAUGACCAAGGAUGGUACUGCUGAGACCAGCGGUACUGGUGAAAGCACCAUGACCACCAAUGGUACGACUGAGAAGGCUGCAGAGACCAGCGGUACGACUGAGAAGGCUGCUGAGACCAGUGGUACUGAUGAAACCACCAUGA